AAAGGCAAAGACAAAAAAGCUGCUGCUCCUUCCCUCGCCUGCGAUCGUUUGCAUAUUAUUUUUUAAAAAUAAUUUUCUUCUCUCAACUUUCCAUCAGCCAAACACCUCCUGUCAGACUCUUCCUGCCUCAACUUCACCUUGCACAAUUCUCCAUCCUUCAAGAUCUUUCUCUUCAAGUUCUUGCUGUCAUUUGAUCUUCUUGGCCAUGCUCUCUGAAUUGCUGUUGCAAUCGUCUUCACAGAUUGUUCGCAGCUUCAUCUGCUUUUUCUAAGGCUGGUAGAUCGGCUCAAGCAUAAUCGGACAAAUUAGGUGCGUUUAUGUGAAAAUGUCUCAGACAUCUGGGCUAUUCCCUGCUUUCCAGUCCUUCGAAGCAUUGCAACCUAAUGUCAAGUUCACAACUGACCCAACACUUGCUUUUGGGGAAAAACAUGAAAAUGAUGCACUAGGAAGAGAGGUUUCUGAGGAAGUUCAAGACCUUGCUGGUGAUAUGGAUCUUUUUGAUGAGGAUUCACCAUAUGGUGAAAGAACUACGUCGUUAGAAAGCAGGCCCUCACCUGGUGAUGAUGGCGCAGAAUCUGCUUCCCAUCCACUCCCUUCAAUCUCCCCAUCGUCCAAUGACCACAGGUGGAGUGAUACUACGCCUUAUCCUUCAAAGAAGAAGAUUCAUUCUUGGUUUCAACUUCCGAAUGGGAAUUGGGAGCUGGGGAAGAUAAUAUCCACUUCUGGGGCUGAAUCGGUUAUCACAUUGCCUGAUGGAAAAGUUUUAAGGGUUAAAGCUGAAAGUUUGGUUCCGGCAAACCCUGAUAUUCUUGAUGGAGUGGAUGACCUUAUGCAGCUUAGUUAUUUGAAUGAACCAUCAGUUUUAUACAAUCUGCAAUACAGAUACAACCGAAAUAUGAUUUAUACAAAAGCAGGGCCUGUUUUGGUUGCAGUAAAUCCGUUUAAGAAAGUUCCUCUGUAUGGAAAUGAUUAUAUUAAAGCAUAUAAGAAUAAAGCUAUGGAAAGUCCUCAUGUAUAUGCCAUUACAGACACAGCCAUCCGGGAAAUGAGAAGAGAUGAAGUGAAUCAAUCUAUAAUUAUAAGUGGUGAAAGUGGAGCAGGCAAGACUGAGACAGCAAAGAUAGCAAUGCAGUACCUGGCUGCCCUUGGAGGCGGAAGUGGAAUAGAAUAUGAGAUAUUAAAGACUAAUCCAAUACUAGAAGCCUUUGGCAAUGCAAAAACAUUGAGAAAUGAUAACUCAAGUCGUUUUGGGAAACUUAUUGAGAUUCACUUCAGUGAAACUGGAAAAAUAUCGGGUGCAAAUAUUCAGACAUUUUUGCUGGAAAAGUCUAGAGUAGUCCAAUGCAAUGAAGGGGAAAGGUCAUAUCAUAUUUUCUAUCAGCUGUGUGCCGGGGCUUCGCCUUCGCUGAGGGAGAAGCUAAAUCUACGAAGUGCGGAAGAAUACAAAUAUCUGAGGCAGAGCAAUUGUUUCUCCAUUACUGGUGUUAAUGAUGCGGAAGAAUUUCGCAUAGUCAUGGAAGCCUUAGAUGUUGUCCACGUCAGCAAAGAAAAUCAGGAGAAUGUAUUUGCAAUGCUUGCUGCAGUGUUAUGGCUAGGAAACAUAUCAUUUACUGUGAUUGAUAAUGAAAAUCAUGUUCAACCCUUAGAGGAUGAGGGUUUGUUCAACGUUGCUAAAUUGAUUGGCUGUGACAUUGGAGAUCUGAAGUUGACUUUAUCAACUCGCAAAAUGAAAGCUGGCAACGACAACAUUGUCCAAAAGUUGACGCUACCACAGGCAAUUGAUGCAAGAGAUGCUUUGGCAAAAUCAAUAUAUGCAUGUUUGUUUGAUUGGCUGGUUGAACAAAUAAACAAUUCACUUGCUGUUGGUAAAAGACGCACUGGUAGAUCAAUCAGUAUUUUAGACAUCUAUGGAUUUGAAUCUUUUGAGAGGAACAGUUUUGAGCAGUUCUGCAUAAAUUAUGCGAAUGAAAGAUUGCAACAACACUUUAAUCGUCACUUAUUCAAGUUAGAACAAGAGGAAUAUGUACAGGAUGGCAUUGACUGGGCUAAAGUUGAAUUUGAAGACAAUCAAGACUGCCUUAAUCUUUUCGAAAAGAAACCACUAGGGCUGCUAUCCCUUUUAGAUGAGGAAUCCACUUUCCCAAAUGGUACAGAUUUGACAUUUGCUAACAAGCUUAGGCAGCAUCUGAAUUCAAAUUCAUGUUUCCAAGGAGAACGAGGCAAGGCCUUUGCUGUGUGCCAUUAUGCAGGGGAGGUCACCUAUGAUACAACUGGAUUUUUGGAGAAGAACAGGGACCUAUUGCACUUGGAUUCCAUUCAACUUUUAUCCUCAUGUACAUGCCAUCUUCCUAAGAUAUUUGCAGCCCAUAUGCUUUUGCAGUCCGAGAAGCCUGUAGCUGGUCCCUUACACAAAUCAGGCGGAGCAGAUUCCCAAAAGCUAAGUGUUGCCACAAAAUUCAAGGGUCAGCUGUUUCAACUUAUGCAACGUUUGGAGAGCACCACACCACAUUUUAUUCGAUGCAUUAAGCCUAAUAACUCCCAGUCACCGGGAUCAUAUGAGCAAGGGCUUGUACUUCAGCAACUGAGAUGUUGUGGAGUCCUGGAAGUGGUUCGAAUAUCAAGAUCAGGUUUUCCUACUAGAAUGUCUCAUCAAAAGUUUGCCAGAAGAUAUGGUUUUCUUCUCCUUGAAAAUGUUGCAUCUCAGGAUCCACUCAGUGUUUCAGUUGCAAUUCUGCAUCAGUUUAGUAUUUUGCCUGAGAUGUAUCAAGUUGGGUUCACAAAAUUAUUUUUCCGAACAGGACAGAUUGGAGUGCUUGAAGAUACCCGAAAUCGUACCCUCCAUGGCAUCUUACGCGUCCAAAGUUGCUUCAGGGGUCACCGAGCACGUUGUUAUCACAAGGAACUUAAGAGAGGAAUCACUACUCUCCAGUCAUUUGUCAGGGGAGAGAAAACGAGAAAGGAAUUUGCAGCUUCACUUCAGCGACAUAGAGCUGCUGUUCAUAUACAGAAGCAGAUGAAAGGAGUAUUUGCGAGAAACAGAAUGAAGAAUAUUUCUGAUGCUGCGAUAGUCAUUCAAUCAGCUAUUCGUGGUUCGUUGGCCAGAAGAUGCUCAGGAGAUAUGGGAUUGUUGAAAUCUAUAGGGAUGAAGGCCAAUGAAUCGGACGAGGUGCUAGUCAAGGCAUCUUUCCUGACUGAAUUACAGCGUCGGGUGCUCAAGGCUGAAGCUGCCCUGAGAGUUAAAAAAGAAGAAAACGACAUUCUUCACCAGCGCCUCCAACAGUAUGAGAGCCGUUGGUCCGAGUAUGAAUCGAAGAUGAAAUCAAUGGAAGAAGGGUGGCAGAAACAAAUGAGAUCCCUACAAUCUAGCCUCUCCAUUGCAAAAAAGAGCUUAGCAAUUGAUGAUUCUGCAAGAAAUUCGGAUGCUUCUGUCAAUGCAAGUGAUGAGAGAGAUUAUAAUUCAGAUAUAGGAAGCAACCAUAGGCGCCAAGAAAGCAGCUCAAGUGUGGGUAAUUAUCACAGACGCCAAGAAAGCAAUGGGUUUAGAUCAAUGGGUGCAGGCUUCAAUGUCAUAAGUGGGCUGGCUAAUGAAUUAGAGCAGAGGCGUCAAGUAUUUGGUGAUGAUGCCAAGUUCUUGGUUGAGGUGAAAUCUGGUCAAGUUGAAGCAAAUUUGAAUCCAGAACAGGAGCUUAGAAGGUUGAAACACACGUUCGAAGCUUGGAAGAAAGACUAUGCGGCAAGACUGCGUGAAACGAAGGCAAUUUUACAUAAGCUUGGAAGUGAGGAGGGUGCAAUUGACAAAGUAAAGAAAAGGUGGUGGGGAAGAAGGAACAGUACGAGGUUUAAUUGAUUCUUUUUCUGUAUUUUUUUUAAAAACAUUUUGGUCUAUGCAUUGUUUCCAACGCAUGAUCAACCAUUAUAUAUUGAAAUAUCAGGGAAAUUACAACAGGGAAGAUAGAAUAGGAUUGGCAGGAAAUAUUCGAGUUUUUUUUUUCCUCCUUUUUUGGUCUUCACUGUAAUUGGGUUAGUUGUUGCUAGCCGCGUGCCUUUCUUAAUUUUGUUUUCAAAUUUUUUUAUUGAGAAGUUACUGCACGAGAGGAAUUGGCAACAGCGAGGUGUUCAUUGGAAAACAGUGAUUCAUGUUACAUCUCUCCCCCUCCCCCUUUUUAAGAAUUCCCUGUCAAGCAUGGAGAGUGUUCGAAUGGUGUAUGGGAAGUUAGUCUUUGUAUACUACUUAUAAUAUAUUACAUAUAGAAAAUGGGAAUUCGUA